AUGAAAAUGGUUUAGUAAAAAGGUUUUUUGCCCGUCGAUUAUUCGAACGAAUAAUUAAACGGCACCGUAUAAUCAUACGAAUCGUGUGAAAUACAACGAACCGCAGCCAGCAGACAACGGUUUUGCACGAGAUCGAUAUUAUUAUUAUUUUUACUCCCCCGAAAACCCGUCGUUGCUUUUAACACACAGUUCGGGUUAGGUUUGAGGACCUUCUACCGUUCGAUGUACAAGCGCUGUCAGACGGUGUUCGGCCGUGAUGUGCCAUGUGCGGAUAAUGAAAACUACGAGGACAUGAACGAGCGUUAAAAAAAAAAAAAAUAAAGAAGAAGAAAAGAGGUGACGAAAUGUUGAAAAAAAAGAGAGAUACGAUGAGUGGGAGAGAGAGAGAGAGAGGCGGUGAGACGACAAAAGAAAACGAAUGCGACGUACGGCCGUAUCAUUAGAAUAUUGUAACGAGCGUGCACGACGAUGCGUACCAGAAGUGCGAUCGCGCGUCGAUGGCGGGGCGUCAAGGUCGUGGACGCGCACAAGAAAGUGAGAGUAGCGGCUCUACAUGUAUAGGUAGCCGUGGACGGUACGAUACGCGCGUGCCGCUACCGGUGCGCGCGAACGGUGUACGCCCGGCCAUCCGCUUUUACUCGCGUCCGGUCCGCUGACGGGUGCACUUUCUUUCCGCCGCCGCAGCCGCCGCAGUCGCAGGACAGCGCGGCGUGAAAAUAUUCCGUCGCAGUGCACGCGCCGCCGUCGCCACCGGAUCCGCCGCAGCGACUACGCACCACAUUGACUCCGCACCGUAACAGCACGUCCAACAGCUGCCGCGUCACGUGUACCGCGCGCGUACCAGGCCACCAGCACUCGCACGUUUAUGGUGCUCGGCUGCCGUCGACGAUGCGGCCGCACCAGCUGCCGCUGCACUUGUGCUCGUUAUGUUUGUCGCUGUUCAUGGUGACGGCCGCGACCAUCCCGGACACCGCGGACGAUAGCGAUUCCGGCACCUCGUCCGUCCUGUCCAACAGACAGGGUGACAAGCGAAUAUUCUUUGACGACAUAUUCGGCUCAGUCAGCUAUGAACCAGAAGAAAAGUUACCAGUGUCCAACUGCACUUGUAAUUGCGGAGUGCCCAACCAAGAAAUCCGAAUAGUUGGUGGCCGUCCUACCGGAGUGCACCGGUAUCCAUGGGUAGCCAGACUCAUGUACGAAGGACAUUUCCAUUGCGGCGGGUCGCUCAUAAACAGCGAUUACGUGCUGACCGCAGCUCAUUGUGUUCGGAAGUUAAAAAAAUCUCGUAUUCGAGUGGUAUUCGGCGAACACGAUCAGAGUAUAACGACAGACGGAGAAACGGUCACCCGGGUGGUGUCUUCGAUCGUGCGUCAUCGAAAUUUUGACGUGAAUUCGUACAACCAUGAUGUAGCUCUUUUACGACUGCGGAAGUCAGUAUCGUUUUCCAAAUCAGUACGUCCAAUAUGUUUGCCGUCAGCAACCCGCGAACCGUCUGGAAAACUAGGAACGGUGGUUGGCUGGGGCCGAGUUUCCGAGGGCGGAAAUUUAGCCGACAUUGUACAAGAAGUCCAAGUACCAAUAUUAUCGCUGGCGCAGUGCAGAGCUUCGAAAUAUCGGCCACAGAGAAUUACCGCCAAUAUGAUUUGUGCGGGAAAAGGUGUUGAGGAUUCUUGUCAGGGAGACAGCGGAGGUCCUUUGUUGGUGAACAGCGAUUCCGAUGAUAAAUUGGAAAUAGUCGGUAUUGUGUCUUGGGGCGUAGGGUGUGGACGACCCGGUUACCCAGGUGUAUACACCAGAGUAACUAAGUACUUAGAUUGGAUACAGAAGAACAUGCGAGACACGUGUGCUUGGGUCACAGUCAUGACACCGAGUCGCCAAGGUUCGUUCCUCGCCAGCAUUCUGCUCGUAAUAGCAUGCACAACGCAACAGGUUUACGGUAUGAAAAAUAUUUUCUCUGACUUGAGAUUCCGCAGACCUACACCCGAAAUCGUUACAAAUACAUUAACCAAAGAUGGCCAAGGGUGUGAUUGCACUUGUGGAUCUCCAAAUGUUGACACGAAAAUCGUAGGCGGUGAACCGUCGGGAGUACACGAAUAUCCCUGGAUGGUCCGUCUAUCAUACUUCAAUCAGUUCUACUGCGGUGGCACGCUGAUCAACGACAGAUACGUGUUAACGGCCGCUCAUUGUGUUAAAGGAUUUUUAUGGCCGCUGAUCAAAGUCACCUUUGGCGAACACGACUACUGCAACUCCACCAGGAAACCGGAAACCCGGUUCGUCCUGAGAUCCAUCUUGGGCGAGUUCAGUUAUUUAAAUUUUCAAAACGAUCUGGCACUGUUGAGGCUUAACGACCGAGUGCCGAUGACCGGAACCAUACGACCAAUAUGUUUACCGACAGAUACAAACGACACGUACGUGAACGGCGUGGGAAAGGCGGCCGGAUGGGGCACGCUGUAUGAGAAUGGGAUGCCUUCGUGUCACCUGAGACAAGUGGACGUGCCGAUCAUCGGCAAUGAGGACUGCUCAAAGACUAACUACACAGGCGAUCUGAUCACCGAUAACAUGAUUUGCGCGGGACACGAAUCGGGCGGGAAGGAUUCUUGCCAGGGUGACAGUGGCGGACCGCUGAUGCGGUUGAUGGACAACAAGCGGUUCGAAAUCAUUGGAAUCGUUAGCUGGGGCCAUGGAUGCGCCCGUCCAGGAUACCCAGGAGUUUAUACAAGAGUAGUAAAAUAUUUGACUUGGAUCAAAGAAAAUUCCAAAGAAGGAUGUUAUUGUUCACAAUGAUCAAAAAUAAUUAAAAUAAAAAUAUUUUGACAUUUAAAUUAUUAUUAAUUAUUAGAAAUUAGUUUAGUUUUGUUGUGCAUUUGUGAUAUAUAUCUACUAUAGUAAUAUUAUUUGUUAAAAUAUUUAUUUUUUAAAUA